CGAAAGGGGAUCCUUUCCGCUGAGCGCUAGAGAAAGCGACUCCUGAGAGCCCAGGUUUCCGGCGGGCGUCUCCGCCCCUCUGCUCCUCAAUUCCCGGAGCUCGGGUCUAACCCGGGCCGCUCGCUGGGCGUCCUAGGAAGGCAGGGGCGAUGGUCCAAAUGGAGACGCAACUGCAGAGCAUUUUUGAGGACGUGGUGAAAACGGAAAUUAUAGAAGAGGCUUUUCCUGGAAUGUUUAUGGACACCCCUGAAGAUGAAAAAACAAAACUAAUUAGCUGUUUGGGGGCCUUCAGACAGUUUUGGGGUGGUCUUUCUCAGGAAUCUCAUGAACAGUGCAUCCAGUGGAUUGUUAAAUUUAUUCAUGGCCAGCAUAGUCCUAAAAGAAUUUCUUUUCUUUAUGACUGCUUAGCGAUGGCAGUGGAGACUGGUCUCCUUCCACCCAGGAUGGUUUGUGAAUCCCUGAUAAACUCUGACACACUGGAAUGGGAAAGAACGCAGCUUUGGGCCUUAACAUUUAAACUAGUUCGGAAAAUAAUUGGGGGAGUGGAUUACAAGGGUGUUCGAGAUCUCUUAAAAGUGAUUUUGGAGAAAAUCUUGACAAUUCCCAAUACAGUGAGCUCAGCUGUUGUACAGCAGCUUCUAGCAGCAAGAGAGGUUAUAGCAUAUAUCUUGGAAAGAAAUGCCUGUCUAUUACCAGCCUAUUUUGCAGUCACAGAGAUCAGGAAACUAUAUCCUGAGGGAAAACUUCCACACUGGUUACUUGGAAACUUGGUAUCAGACUUUGUGGAUACCUUCAGGCCCACAGCAAGGAUAAACUCCAUUUGUGGCCGCUGCAGCCUUCUGCCAGUUGUAAAUAACUCGGGAGCCAUUUGUAACUCGUGGAAAUUGGAUCCUGCAACUCUUCGUUUUCCCUUGAAAGGCCUCUUGCCAUAUGAUAAGGAUCUGUUUGAACCACAGACUGCUUUGUUGAGAUAUGUAUUGGAGCAGCCUUAUUCCAGGGAUAUGGUCUGCAAUAUGCUAGGUUUAAAUAAGCAGACCUUGAACAUUGCUCAGCACAAGCAGCGUUGCCCUGUGCUGGAGGACCAGUUGGUGGAUCUGGUGGUCUAUGCCAUGGAGCGGUCCGAGACCGAGGAGAAGUUUGACGAUGGGGGCACGAGCCAACUCCUGUGGCAGCACCUCUCGAGUCAGCUCAUUUUCUUUGUGCUUUUCCAGUUUGCAAGUUUCCCACAUAUGGUCCUUUCUCUUCAUCAGAAGUUAGCAGGGAGAGGACUGAUUAAAGGCAGAGAUCAUCUAAUGUGGGUUCUCCUGCAAUUCAUUUCUGGAAGUAUUCAGAAAAAUGCACUCGCUGAUUUUCUCCCUGUCAUGAAGCUCUUUGACCUUCUGUACCCAGAAAAAGAAUAUAUCCCAGUUCCUGAUAUUAACAAACCCCAGUCAACUCAUGCCUUUGCAAUGACUUGCAUUUGGAUUCAUCUCAAUAGAAAAGCCCAAAAUGACAACUCCAAGCUACAGAUUCCAAUACCUCAUUCUCUAAAGCUUCACCAUGAGUUCCUACAGCAGAGUCUUAGAAAUAAAAGUUUACAGAUGAAUGACUAUAAGAUCGCCCUGCUGUGUAAUGCAUACUCUACAAAUUCAGAAUGUUUUACAUUACCCAUGGGAGCUCUGGUAGAAACUAUUUAUGGGAAUGGAAUUAUGAGAGUACCUCUUCCUGGAACGAGCUGCUUGGCUUCCGCGUCUAUUACUCCCUUACCCAUGAACCUCCUGGACUCACUGACGGUUCAUGCCAAAAUGAGCCUUAUCCAUAGCAUUGCUACCAGAGUGAUAAAACUUGCUCAUGCAAAAUCCAGUGUGGCCUUGGCUCCAGCCCUAGUGGAAACGUACAGUCGUUUAUUGGUCUAUAUGGAAAUAGAGUCUUUGGGCAUCAAAGGAUUUAUCAGUCAACUUUUGCCAACUGUUUUCAAGUCACAUGCCUGGGGGAUCUUGCACACACUUCUCGAGAUGUUCAGCUACCGGAUGCACCACAUUCAGCCUCAUUACCGAGUGCAGCUCCUGAGCCAUCUUCAUACUUUAGCUGCAGUUGCACAAACAAACCAGAACCAGCUCCAUCUCUGUGUUGAGAGUACCGCACUGAGGCUUAUAACAGCAUUAGGUAGUUCGGAGGUACAGCCACAGUUCACACGCUUCCUGAGUGAUCCCAAAACGGUGCUGUCCGCGGAAUCUGAGGAGCUGAACCGAGCCUUGAUAUUGACCUUAGCUAGAGCAACUCAUGUAACAGAUUUUUUUACAGGCUCUGAUUCAAUUCAGGGAACUUGGUGUAAAGAUAUACUUCAGACCAUCAUGAGUUUUACUCCUCAUAAUUGGGCAUCACACACUCUUAGCUGUUUUCCAGGCCCGCUACAGGCAUUCUUCAAACAAAAUAACGUACCUCAGGAAAGCCGUUUUAAUCUGAAAAAAAAUGUGGAAGAGGAGUAUAGGAAGUGGAAGUCAAUGACCAAUGAAAAUGACAUCAUUACCCACUUUUCUAUGCAAGGCUCUCCUCCUCUCUUCCUUUGUCUUCUCUGGAAAAUGCUCUUGGAAACAGAUCAUAUAAAUCAGAUUGGCUAUAGAGUAUUAGAAAGAAUUGGAGCCAGGGCCUUGGUUGCCCAUGUGAGAACAUUUGCAGAUUUCCUAGUAUAUGAGUUCUCUACAUCAGCUGGGGGUCAGCAACUCAACAAAUGCAUUGAAAUUCUUAAUGACAUGGUAUGGAAGUACAACAUUGUUACAUUGGACAGAUUAAUUCUCUGCCUGGCCAUGCGUAGUCAUGAAGGAAAUGAAGCCCAGGUUUGUUAUUUCAUAAUUCAGUUGCUGUUACUCAAACCAAAUGAUUUUAGAAAUCGAGUGAGUGACUUCGUGAAGGAAAAUUCUCCAGAGCACUGGCUACAGAACGACUGGCACACCAAGCACAUGAAUUAUCACAAGAAGUACCCCGAGAAACUGUAUUUUGAGGGCCUCGCGGAGCAGGUCGACCCUCCUGUGCAGAUUCAGUCUCCCUACCUCCCCAUCUAUUUUGGAAAUGUGUGUCUUCGAUUUCUCCCAGUAUUUGAUAUAGUAAUCCACAGGUUUUUAGAGCUGCUUCCAGUUUCCAAGUCACUGGAGACUCUACUAGAUCACCUUGGUGGCUUAUAUAAAUUUCAUGAUCGGCCAGUGACUUAUUUGUAUAAUACUCUGCACUAUUAUGAAAUGCACCUGAGAGACCGCCCACAUCUCAAGCGAAAACUUGUCCAUGCCAUCAUUGGCUCACUCAAGGAUAAUCGACCCCAAGGCUGGUGUCUAAGUGACACGUACCUGAAGUGUGGCAUGAAUGCACGAGAAGAAAAUCCUUGGAUCCCUGACGACUCCUACUAUUGCAGAUUGAUUGGCAGACUAGUAGAUACGAUGGCUGGCAAAUCUCCCGGUCCAUUCCCGAACUGCGACUGGAGAUUCAAUGAGUUUCCCAACCCAGCUGCCCAUGCACUGCAUGUUACUUGUGUGGAGCUCAUGGCCUUGGCCGUUUCAGGUGAAGAUGUUGGAAAUGCUCUUCUAAAUGUCGUCCUGAAAAGUCAGCCUUUAGUGCCAAGAGAGAAUAUUACAGCAUGGAUGAAUGCAAUUGGACUCAUCAUCACUGCACUGCCAGAGCCAUAUUGGAUUGUUCUUCAUGAUCGAAUUGUGAGUGUUAUCAGCAGUCCCAGCUUGACCUCUGAGUCAGAGUGGGUUGGCUAUCCAUUCCGCCUCUUUGAUUUCACUGCUUGUCAUCAGUCCUACUCCGAGAUGAGCUGCAGCUAUACAUUAGCUCUAGCACAUGCUGUGUGGCACCAUUCCAGCAUUGGGCAACUUUCUCUCAUUCCCAAGUUUCUCACUGAAGUCCUUCUUCCUAUAGUGAAAACUGAAUUCCAGUUGCUUUAUGUGUAUCAUCUUGUGGGACCAUUUUUACAAAGAUUUCAGCAAGAGAGAACUCGAUGUAUGAUAGAGAUCGGUGUGGCAUUUUAUGACAUGUUGCUGAACGUAGACCAGUGCAGCGCCCACUUAAAUUACAUGGACCCCAUCUGUGACUUCCUGUAUCAUAUGAAGUAUAUGUUUACUGGUGACAGCGUAAAAGAACAAGUAGAGAAGAUUAUCUGUAACUUAAAACCAGCUUUAAAACUCCGUCUUCGAUUCAUCACACACAUUAGCAAGAUGGAACCAGCUGCAGUGCCCCCACAAGCCAUAAAUAGUGGGUCUCCAGCACCUCAGUCUAAUCAGGUGCCAGUGUCUUUACCGGUCACUCAGUGAGGGCAGGGUGUACCGCGGUGAAAAGGAAAACACAUCUGUCUUUGGAAGUGGACUCAAAUCUAUUAAAUCUGAACAUGAUCCUGCUACAUAGAGAGAGAUACAGUAGAAGCAGUGAUGUUCAGAUUGUUUUAUUUUGAUUCAAAUGAUGAAUCUGUUGAUACUUUACAACUCCCAUCUCCCUACCGGUAUUUUUGUCUCUAAGAGAUAAACUACAUGUUGCUCAUAUCCAUCACAAUUUAUUAGAGCUACCUAGGAAUACUGAGGUAUCUAUGAUCAAAUGACUCUUACUAGAUCCUUUCGAUCUUUCCUAUCUAGUCCCCGGUUUUAUUUUUAAUUUUUAUUAUUAAUGACUUCUGCUUUCAAGUACAUUGUUUUAAAGGCAACACACAUGUGAAAUAGUUAUUACAAAUCAUUUUAUACAUAAAUCUCUCUUGGUGUAUCUUUGGGAUAGGAGAUUUUUGUCAAGUAAGGGACUCGAAUUUUCACUUCAUUGCAGGAGCAAACACAGUUUCCUAUUCUUUUAAAAAUGGCUUAAAAUUUUUACCAUAGAUUUCCAAAGAAAUGGGCUAACAUUUCUAUUAAGGCAGAUUGGCAAGUUUUUGCUUUUGCUAUGGACUUGAACUUACUGUAUGAAAUGAGUUUCAAAGCCAUGUAAAAAAAUAACACAGAAAGGCAUAAACUUAAUAAAAUAAUACUUAAAUGGUGAUUCUCCAAUCUCUGUUUCUAAAAGUAAAUUAAUUGCUUUUCCAGGUUGACACUCUCACCUGGCCAAUGAUGUGAUUCUUUAAGUUUUUAUACUCUUGAAAUUCUUAAGUUAAUGUAUUUUUAAUUAUAGCAUACAUUGUGGUUCUUUAUGGUUUAUCAGAUUUUAAGAGGCAAACUUAAUUUGGGGAGGGUGGGGCAAUGGCGUUAAGAUUGUAAGAUUUG